UAAAAAAAAAGGAACCGGAAGUGCACCAUCCUCAAAGCAUUUAGGAGGGAUGUAAAACAGUCUGAUGGAAUAAAACAUACAAGUUGACUGACGAGCUCUCAGCUCUGCUAGCAGCUGAAUAACUGUGUACAGCUGUUAUCAGAGCUCAGCUGUCUAACGCGCUCUGGACAUGGAAACAGAUCCUCGUCGUCCUCUGUCCUCCCUGCACCUCCUGGUUCCUCCACUAAGGCUGAUGUCAGCCUGUAUGUGGCAGGUGGCCCGGGAGCGAAAUGUGGACCAGUAUGACAGACUGGCCGAAUUCAUCAUGUUGGUCACAGAGAUGGUCCCAGAGCUUCUGAACUACAAACAGAAGACUCAGCUGAUCCUGGGACUGAGAGCUCGGCUCAUCAUUGAAUUCUUAAAGAGGAUGGAUCAGGUUGACUCUAAAUUUAUACAGGAUCAUCUCAACAGUUUCCAACAGAGGACAACAAACCAAAUGCAUGAAGAGGACCAAGAUGGAGAGGUGGAGAUUUCAAAGUCAGCAUUUGUGGAGCUGGUUCAAACAUUGCUCAGAGACCAAUCUGAAAAAGAGAAGUUUUUCAAGGAGGUAUUCCCAGUUCAGUAUGGAGCUCGUUUUGAUACAGCGGUGCAGAUCCUGGUGUGGGAGUUCCUCUAUCGACUGGAAGAGUUCCUCCCAGUACCAAGUUUUUCAGAGAUAGUCUCCAUGGUGGACUUUCCUUCUUUUGACUAUGAGUUUGAGCAGUUUGUCUCUGAGCCUGAAGAUCUGAAGAGGAUUUUGCAGCACCAACAGAAGCGGCAAAAGUUGACUAAAAGUGCAUUCACCUUCACGUCAGACACUAUCCUCUCCGCACUCGCAUCUAAACAGACUUCAGUGGCAUCUGAAAAUCAUGUUGAUCCGAAAAUGGAUGGGGGAGGCGGAGAUGGCAAACAAGACACAGUGAAAUCACGGGGAAGAAAUCAAGAAAAGGCAGAACAGAAGACACUGAAGCAAGAAAACAGCUGGAGCGCAGAAGACAUUUGUGAGGAUGACGAAGAGACUGACGACAGUUCUAUUGAAACUGAUCCAAACCCUCAGCUGCAUGAGUACGGGCUCUCACCACUCACUUCCUCUCCAUGUUCUGAAGAAGCUGGUGAGGGAGGUGAUGACGGUGAGCAUCUCUUGCAUCGAACAGCUGGUGAAGCUGCCAUCCAGCCACCAAGAUGCUCAGUGGAAGGAGUGAAGGAACAUCUGGAUCUGUGGAGAAACAAGAGUGAGGACCCCAUAAGAGCCAAUGAAAACAUCUGCCUGGAGUGUGGCAAGACUUUUGCAUCUCAUUUGUCUUUGAAAAGUCAUCACGCUGUUCACUCUUCGCUACGGCCAUUCAAGUGCCCUCAGUGCGACAAGGCAUUUAAAACCCGUUACGACCUGAAUCGUCAUUUCCUCAUUCACUCUAACCCUAACGGCCUGUCCUUAGCUUGCAGCCUUUGUGAGAAGAGAUUUAGUUCUCGGGCUUCGCUUGGAGCUCAUCUGCGUCGUCACAGCGGAGAGAGGCCGUUUGCCUGCUCGUACUGCGGCAAGAGGUUCCAGACAAAUGCAACCUUGAAGGCCCAUGUGCGCAUUCACACUGGCGAGCGCCCGUACGCCUGUACUUUUUGCGACAAGACAUUCAUACAGUCGUAUAUGCGCACCGUGCACGUCAGGAUACAUAAGAAAGAGAAGCCGUACCUGUGCAGCACAUGCGGUAUGUCCUUUUGUAGCUCUGGGGGAUUGCUGGUGCAUUCACGCACUCACUCAGGGGAGCGGCCUAAUCCAUGUGACUUAUGUGGAAAACGUUUUGCCACAGCUGCACGACUGACGGUACAUCGGAGAUUCCACACAGGAGAGAGGCCGUAUUCUUGUUCACGGUGUGACAAAUCGUUCCACUGUAGUUCAGGACUGAAGAAACACAUGAGGACACACACAGGAGAGAAACCGUACAAGUGUUUAACAUGUCACAAGACAUUUUCUGAAAAAUCCAACAUGAGAGUACACCUCAAAGUCCACAUGAACAUCUAGCAUACUGUUGUGGGAGCUUUUGGAGAAUAUAUCUUUAGUGAUAGAUGAUAGAUGUAGUCUGGUUCAUUCCCAUGUCAGGACAAGCUGUUUGGUGCACCUUUAAUGUAAAUAUGAACUUGAGACACUCAAAUAUUACAUUGUGUGUAAUUUGUACAUAAUUGUGUACUUAAAUGUGCUUCAUGUUUUAAGAGACCAUUAUUAAAGAGCAUAAUGUUAAGAUUAUUUUAAAUUAAAGACUCGAUUUUAGUGUUAUUUUAAGGUAAUCUCAAUAAAAUGUGCUGACAAGAUAUGCAGACAUUAAAGACGGCGAUGUGUGAGAUAUUAACCGACGCGUGUGACUGAGAAAUAGUGAUCCUUUGUACUGUAAGAACAUGAAUGAGCGGGCGUGUUUAUGGCCACAUCUUUACUUUACACAACCCAUAACAAACAUUUUUUGUAAGAUUCCUUUACACGUCUCUGCUUUAAAAUAGCAGCCAAGAAACAAUGUUUUACAGCUGAAAAAUAAACUUGACAUUACUCUCUGGUGGGCAAACUAUAGAAUGGUGACACCAUAUCAAAACA